CCCGGAUCUAGUGUGUCAGCUGGACAGCGUCCAGGGCAUGGUCGACGCCCUCAGUUCCGUACGAUGGAAGAGACAUCAGGACGCAGUGGUCGAGCUCUCCGAGCACGGGAUCGUUCUCAUCGUCGAAGAAAGCGGCUGCCUUCAGGCCAAGUUGUUUUUAGUGUAUGAAUAUGCAGCUGAAGGGAGGCCGAGGUUUGGGCUGAGCUUAGGCCUGUUUGUGGAUUGUCUCAAUACGUUCUCAGCGCCCGGGCAUGCCCCAGUCAUCGAGAUUCGGUACCCAGGCCCAGAUAUGCAACUUUUGCUCAAGUCAGUAGACUCUCCAGAUGCGUGCAUCUAUGCGGAGAUUAGAACAAGGAUCCCAGAAACCAUCUCUUGGGACUACAAUUUUGAACCUGCAGGAAGUGUUCCUGUCACUUUUACCGUUAGGUCUGCAGUGUUAAAAGAAGCGGUAGAUGACCUCGAAUGGCCAGGUUCCAGCAUCCAGCUGCUUCUUCAGCCUCAACCACCCUCUGUUACUUUCAGAGGUGAAGGUCAUGGUGACAUACAGAUUGAUUUCCAGUAUUAUGCGAAUAACGAUCUUUUGAUAGCGUUCCAGUGUGAUCAUCGCAUCUCAUACAGGUACAAGUAUAAAUUCCUUGGAGCCACAACUUCGAAUAUCCCUAGCAGUGUUUUAAAGGACAACAGAGGAAGCAAACUCUCAAUUGGGAGGGGAGGGUUGCUGAAGAUCCAGCACUUGGUUUCAGUGCAAAGACCAGGAGCUCAACAUUCUUUCAGUGAUCAUGGCCAGCAGCCAAGUAGAAUUGCUUAUAUUGAGUUCUAUGUGAAACCAGAGGAGGAUGAUACUCCCAUCAUUGAUGACUCCUAGGCUUCAGAUCCACAUGUGCAUCCUUGUUCAUUUUCUUUUACAUGUCUCUUUUAUAUAUGCAUCAUUAGUUUAGAAAUUUGGAGAUUUUGUGGAUUAUGGGUGAUUGAUUGUAUUAAUGUCAUACAGAACUAGCCUUGGCCUAACAAAACGCGGUCAAGUUCUGGUGCGGUUAUUUGACUAACUAGAUUAAUCUUGGUCCGGCUAUUGUUCCA